AUGGCCAGGUACAAGGUGACAGUGGCCACAGGUGAUGUGGCAGAAGCUGGCACCAACAACUCCAUCUCCAUCACCUUGGUGGGCAGCCGAGGCGAGAGCCGCAGGACCACUGUCUCCCUCUUGUUCCUGCCGGGACAGGAGAAGAGCCUGUCUGUGGACUGUGGGCAGGACCUGGGCCCUAUUGUCCUCAUCCGCCUGCACAAGUGGCGGCUCUUCUUGGAGGAUGCCUGGUUCUGCAAGGAUGUCCGGGUGACAGCCCCUGACGGCACCCUUUACCGCUUCCCCUACUACCAGUGGCUGGAGGGGGUCACCACGGUGGAGGUGCGGGAGGGCUCAGGGAAGAAGCUGGCGGAUGAUGAGCUGCAGAUCCUCAAGGAACAUCGGCAUCGGGAACUGGCGGCACGGCAGGAGGCUUUCCGGUGGAAGAACUACGCCCAGGGCUGGCCCCAUUGCCUCAGCGUGGGCUCCAUCCUCGAGUUGGACUCCAAUAUCCAGUUCUCCUCUGUCAGAGUCACUAACUUCACUGGUUUCCUCAUCUUACAAGGGGCCUCCCACUUUCUGUCAGGGUUCCUGCUGAGAAACACCUCCUGGGACAGUCUGGAUGAGAUGCGCACCAUCUUCUCCCGGACACAGGGAAGAGACAUUGUCCCUGAGUACGUGGCCAAGCACUGGCAAGAAGAUGAGUUCUUCGGUUACCAGUUCCUCAAUGGCAACAACCCCAUCAUCAUUCGAUGUUGCACUGUGUUGCCAUCCAAAUUCCCGGUGACGCCAGAAAUGGUGGCUGGCUCACUGGGGAGUGGCACUGACCUGGGCAAGGAGCUGCAAGAAGGUCGGAUCUUCAUCGUGGACUAUGAGGUGUUAGAUGACAUCCCAGCUGACACCAUCAAUGGGCGCCAGCAAUACGUGGCAGCCCCACUCUGCCUCCUUCACCAGGGCACUGAUGGGCUCCUGCGCCCCAUUGCCAUCCAGCUCAGCCAAACACCAGGACGCUCCAGCCCCAUCUUCCUGCCGAGUGAUGAUGAGUGGGACUGGCUGUUGGCCAAGACCUGGGUGCGCAAUGCUGACUUCUACAGCCACCAGCUCCUCACCCACCUGCUGAGGACCCACCUGUUCGGGGAGGUCUUCGCCGUUGCCACCCUGCGCCACCUGCCCACAUGCCACCCCCUCUUCAAG